AUGUAUUUCUUCCUGGUGAACCUGUCUGUCUCGGAAAUGUGCUGCACCACCUGCGUGACCCCUCAGCUACUGGUUCACCUCCUGGUGGAGGAAAAGACCAUCUCCCUCGCUGGUUGUGCUGCCCAGUUGAAUGUCUUUGACAUCACAGGCCUCGCAGCUUGCUGUCUCCUCGCAGCCAUGGCCUACGACCGGUAUGUGGCCAUAUGCCACCCUUUGCAUUAUACAACCAUCAUGAGUGGCCGGGUGUGUGAGCUGCUCGCAUGCACUUCAUGGCUCAUCAGCAUCUCGGUGGCCACAGUUGAGGUCACGUGGCUCUUCAGCCUGCCCUUGUGUGGCUCCAACCGCAUCCCCCAUUUUUUCUGCUACAACGAAUCAUUACAGAAGAUGCUCUGCACUGACUCUUGGAAGAACGUGAUCUUUGGCUUGACCGUGCUGGUGCUGUUUGUUAUGAGCCCUUUUUUACUGAUAGUCCUGUCCUAUGUCCGCAUCAUCUCCACCAUCCUCAAGCUGCCGUCAGCGGAGGGGAGGCGUAAAGCCUUCUCCACCUGCUCCUCCCACCUCACGGUGGUGACUUUGCUCUAUGGAACAGGACUUUUGAGUUACCUGAAACCCGCGUCAAACUCCACCCCUGAGAGCGAUCUGCUGAUAUUCCUUAUGCACACAGCUGUAACACCCAUGAUGAAUCCCAUAAUAUACACUCUGCGGAACAAAGAGGUGAAGGUAGCCUUUAGAAACACAGUAGGGAAGGUCUUCUUCUCACACAGCUGGAGAUAUUAG